AUGAUGCUAAUUGAAGAAAUUUUGAUCAAUGAUGAGUAUUGGAUGAUAGUCAAAAGCACGCUUGGAAUUGAAAAGGAGGGAGGUCAAGAAAAAUACCUCGGAUUACCAGAGAGCUUUGGACGCCGGAAGAAAGAUGUCUUUACAUUAAUAGUUGAUCGCAUCCGCCAACGAUCGAUCAAAUACUCCUCAAGAUUUCUGUCUAGUGCAGGAAAGUUGACAAUGUUGAAAUCAGUCCUCUCGGCAAUCCCAACCUAUGCCAUAGCGAAAGAACAGGGAGGACUAGGAUUUAGAGAAAUCCAAAGCUUCAACGAUUCCCUCUUAGCGAAGAUAAGCUGGCGAAUAUUCCAAAAUCCUUCCUGCCUUCUCAGUAAAAUCCUCAUCGGCAAAUACUGCAAGUUCCAAGACUUCCUCCAUGUCCCCAUUAAAACCUCGACCUCUCACGGAUGGCGUGGGAUCCUAAUUGGACGAGACCUCCUAGUACACCAACUAGGCAGAGCGAUUGGGGAUGGACAAACCACAUCCCUCUGGAAUGAUCCAUGGCUCUCCCUGUCAACACCACUACGACCAACGGGACCCCCUAGAUCAUCUGACAAAGACCUACUUGUAUCAGAUAUAUUACUAGACCAUUCGAGGGAAUGGAACAGGGAGAAGAUUUCUGAAAUCUUACCUUUCCAUCUGGAGGAGAUCCAAGCCCUGCGGCCAAGUAGAAAUGGAGCGUCGGAUAGCUUCAUCUGGCUCCCAACAAAGUCAAGGGAGUACUCGGUCAAAUCAGGAUACCAUCUAGCUAUGGAACUAAAGGAGACUCAGAACCUGCAACAGCCACAACCAAAAGUGAAUUGGAAUGCGGACAUUUGGCAAAUAAAGGCUUCACCAAAAAUGAAGGUGUUCUUAUGGAAAAUUGUACAAGAAGCUUUACCUCUUGGUGAAAACCUUCUCAACCGAGGAAUCAUGGAAAAUCCCUGCUGUGUCCACUGUGGAGACCUGGAGACAACUGAGCAUUUGUUCUUCCACUGUAGCUUUGCGCAGGAAGUUUGGAAGUUAGCCCCUUUCUCAAUCAGCAUCGAUCCCCUCCUUAUCCAAUCCUUCACGAGCACCUUACCAAUCGCUAAAACUUGGAUCUGUCUCCCACCAACCGGAGUAGGCUCAGGAACCCUCUUCCCCUGGAUUGUUUGGGCCUUGUGGAAAACGAGGAAUCAACUAAUCUUCGAGGAAAGAACCUUUACACCUGCAGAAACGAUGAUUAAAGCAACAGUAGAAGCAAAGGAAUGGCAACUAGCCCAAUUGGGAAUCAACGUGAUAAAGAAGAUAUACAUACCCAAUAGCCGGACCAGGGACCCCCCAAACACAAUUGAUUGUUUCACCGAUGGAUCCUGGACAGAGGAACAUCGUAUCGGAGGUCUAGGCUGGAUCUUCACAAGGGCCACCGGAGAACGCCUGGAUCAAGGACAGGAAGCGGAGCGCUUCGUCUCAUCACCCCUAAUGGCCGAAGCCCUGGCGAUUAGAUCGGCCCUUAACCACGCACUGGAGAUUGGAAUUGCAUGCAUCCAUCUCAAAUCUGACGCUCAAGUACUCAUUCGAGCUAUCUCAUCGCAAGAGCAGAUCUCAGAGAUUUAUGGAAUUCUCUUUGACAUUAACGCUCUCGCAUCUAUGUUCACUUCGAUUUCAUUCAGUUUCAUUUCCCGAUCAGAAAAUUCUUUGGCCGAUUCCUUAGCCAAAGAUGCAAAAAGUCGACUUGUGGCUUUAAUUUCGCAGAGGGACCCACUUGUCUUUGUAGCUGGAAACGUUUAA